ACAUUUUGCAUUCAUUAUAAAAAGACGUACGCUUGGCUCGAUUUCCACAACACCAGAGGCGGCUUUUGGCAAGAAACAGGAAAAGCGGUGAAGUAACGCGAGGAAGAGUUAACCAGAGAGUUUUUCAUCUUCUAUAAGAAGCACAAGACUGAUUUCUGACUGGUUCACUCUGGUUUCACUAUCUUCGAGAAGCGAGUGAGGAAUUCUUGUUGAUAUUGAACGCAACUCAGACCCGACAAACGCGCCAAACAUGCCGCCGUGUCACGCAACAACCGGAAGUGGCGAGCCGCAAGUCAUGCAAUCCACAUCUGAUGACACCAAAAACGAACACGGGAAAACCUUGCCAUUCAAGCCGAAAAUCGUUUGGUUAAACGUGGGUUUUAUUCUGGUUCUUCACGUCAUGGCCUUCUAUGGGAUAUUUCUUCUUCCACAGCUGAAAUUCUGGACGAUGAUUUGGACGAUAGCUUGUCACUUUGCCGGCGGCUAUGGCGUGACAAUAGGUGCGCACCGACUGUGGGCUCACAGGACCUUCAAGGCAAAAUGGCCGCUUCGCUUCGUGAUUAUGCUAAUGAACAGCAUGGCUGCGCAGAACGACAUCUUCGAGUGGUCACGUGAUCAUCGCGUGCAUCACAAGUACUCGGAGACCGAUGCUGACCCCCAUAAUGCAAAGCGCGGGUUCUUUUUCUCUCACGUGGGCUGGCUGAUGCAGAGAAAACACCCGGAUGUGAUACGGAAAGGGAAAGGGAUUGACCUCAGCGACUUGUACGCCGACAGCGUGGUCAUGUUCCAAAGGAGGCAUUACAAGAAAAUCUCCAUGUUGAUGUGUGUGCUUAUCCCUACGCUGGUACCCAGUCUCUGGGGCGAGUCUCUGUGGAACGCCUAUUUCACAUCAUUCGCACUCCGUUACGUCAUCACCCUCAACGUCACGUGGUGUGUCAACAGCAUCGCGCACAUGUGGGGCGACAAGCCUUAUGACGUCACCAUUAACCCAGCAGAGAACCUCUUCGUUACCUUGGCAACGUCAGGCGAGGGUUACCAUAACUACCAUCACACUUUUCCCCAGGACUACGCGGCUAGCGAGUUUGGUACUCGCCUCAACAUGAGUACGAGGCUUAUUGAUAUGUGGGCCGCGAUGGGACUAGUCAGCGAUCGAAAGGUGGUCCCCAAGGAGACGAUUCGUAAGAGGAUGAUGCGGACUGGCGCGCUAAGGAGCUUGGGAGAAAACUGUGAAGAGGACUAAAUACUUAUCAGACUUCUAACAUCUAUACUCAUACACGCAUUUGCAAUUAAAGAAUAUAACUUAUUGGAUAUAUAGAUUUUUUGUAUCAUAGGCAUGACUUUUUCAUAUCAAGUCCGGAUAAUCAAGAAAAAAUAAUUUAUUUAAUUUUGCUGAAUUUGUAUUUUGCGCCCUAAUGUGCAACGGCUUAACCGUGGCCACAGUUUUCAGAAACUAACAUAACGAUGCGGGAGACGUACUUUUUGAUUGACAUUCACUUCAAUUAGCCAAUGAAGAGCUCAGGAAGCCAAUGAAGUGCCCAGAGGCUCGCUUCGAAAUGAGAAUGAUGUAACUAACGUCAGUGAUAUUGAUAAGCUAUUGUUGUUAUUUAUUUUCGUUGGUUGCCAUGGUAGCCUGCGUUGUACUGAAAGGGGCUUUCGCUUUAAAAGGAGUAUUUGGGUAUGGGAGUCUAUGAAAAAAAUAAAAGAAUUUCAUAUUCUUGUA